CAGAUUCAUAGGCUUUUAGCAAAGCACUUUGGAUCAUUUCUUGAAAGUAAGACAUUUAAUAACCUGGAUGAUAAAAAUAUAGCAGGAAAUGUUGGCAAGAGUUAUAUUCAGAUAAGGAUGAGGGCUAAAGGAACUAAAUCCCCAUGCCAACAGAAAAGAACACAAGAUGACCAAAGGUAUUGAAAAAUGUAGAAAAAUGUGUGUGUGUGUGUGUGUGUGUGUGUAGGUGUGUUAGUUUAGUGAUCAACUUGUAGUUACAGUGUACAUUUGCAGAUCACAAUCAGAGUGUUACUUCUACCCAGACUCACACCCAACCAUAUGGUGACAAGCCUGUGAGCAAGCUCUCCGGGGUGCUCUAGCGGUGGGGUGGGAAAAGGAAGAAGAGCUUGCAACCAACCAUAACCAACCACGUAGACCUCUGGAGUUUGAAUUCAUUCCACCUCCAGUUCACCUGUGGUUCCCUGUCGACUGAGCUGUCAGAUUUCCACCAAUCAGUGUGAAGCAGAAAUGAGUGUAAAUGUAAGCAAACAUUGAAAAACACAUGCCAAGGAUAAUGAUGUAAUUACUAAUGUCAUCUAAUCAGCAUUCACAUCGACUUUUUCAAUGCAGAUAUUCAAAUUCCAGAGACAUAGUUGCAAGCCUACCUUCUUUUUCCUGCCCCACUGCUAGAUGGCUCCAAAGAGCUUGCUCACAGUCUAGAUGGUGACUUUGAUUCAAUUUGUAGACUGAAGAGAGUUUUGCAAUAUUAGGGAAAGGUAGUGCGAAAGUGACCUUUGGGUACAUGACAGAUUUUGUUCCAACUUGCAGCUCACUAAGGAUUAAGCUUUGCUUUCUCUUGUGUUAUUAAAAGUGCAGUGUAUAUUAAUGCACCUGACACAGCUUCUUCAGGAUCACUCCUGUUCUUCUUCUUCUUUUUAUUGUGGUUUGUCCAGACAGAUUGAUCCUGAAUACACUGGAUUUGUACUGUGUAAAAGAAAUAUGGUGAGUUUAUUAUUCCAGAUUGUGAUCAUUGGUUGGUAUUGAUUCUGUUGGUGGAGGUUGCAUUAUUCAUAUUCUUGCUUUCAUUGUACAACCAAGUGUGGGGCAGAUCCAGAAAAUUCAGAAGGGGUUGGGGAAGGGGAGGGAGGGGCAGGGUUUGGGGCACAUGCCAGUUAUAUAGAUACUAUUUAUUUUAUUGAGUAUUCUUUAAAUAUAGUGCAAAAUUUCACAGAAAAAGGGGUGGCCAUGGUUCCUUCAGCCAAUCCCUACCUCCACCACUAAAGUGCAGCCUUGGUGUUGAUGUGGGUAGGGUUACAUGUAUUUUCUUACAGGUGGUUGGCCCCUUGUUGAAAUUUUAAACCAUUUUUAAACCAACUACAUGUACAUACUUGUAAAAAGUUAACUAUAUGACCAUGCAGUACAUCUGGCAUUAAGUUUGCACCAAAAUACAAAAUAAUUAUCUAUGUGUACAAUACAGUGAUUAUAACUAUAAUUUGAAUUUUAUUAUUAUUUCCACCAAUGUCCUUUCUACAUUUCACUCUGUUUUCUUGUUAACCGUCCAGGAGACCCUGGAAGCUAUUCAGCGUUUGUCAGUAUGUUUGAACAUUCAACCAUCAGCUUUCAGUUAUGCUGGUAUUAAGGACAAGAAAGCAAUUACUACACAGUACAUGGUGGUCAGAGAUGUCACCCCUGAACAGUAAGUACUAAAAGUUAUUGCUUCGUUGAGAGACUCCACCUGAACCUGUUUUUACAGAGUUCAAUUUAGAAAUUAGUCAAAGUGGGUCAUAUGCCCCACACAGCAUUUUAAAUUGGGUGAUUUCAAAAAUGGUCUGUCUGGAAUGCCUGACACAAAAACUACUCAUAAUCAGGACAAAGUCUGAAAUGACAGUCCUGUCAUGUGCUCGUUUCAGGCUAGAAUACAAAGUAAAACAAAGCAAAAAUGGUAAAUUUCCUUCCCACUGCAAGCUAGCCCAAUCGAUUUUGAAACACAAAUUCCCUUCGUACAUAAGCCCCUCCAAAACUAAGCCCCUCAGAAAGGGCCUUUGAAAAAUAUAAGCCCCGGGGUUUAUUUUCGGAAUUUUACGGUAUUCCACUUCAAUGACACAGAAACAUGGCCCAGAUUGAACACUGUUUUUAUAUUUUAAUAUAAUUUGCUGACAUUGUAUAACACCCUAUGAUAAUAUUAUUAGUUUUCAGAUAAUAAUUUAGUAUUAUAGGAUAGACUGUGAACUGUCCCUUUACUAUUUAUGCUGAAAAAUGUUAAAUCAUCAGCAAUAAUAUUAAAUAAAUAUACAUUUCAUAAUAUUUAUCAACUAGGAUGAUACUAUGGCAAGGGCAAUCUGGGGGCUGGACAAAACAUCUCUAGGGAUUUUAAUCCUUUAUUGUUCUACAAUGGAACCUCAAUAGGGACUGGCAAAAUUUGUUCACUAUUACAAGGUUUCAUUAGAUCAAUGUACUUUCACAUUUCCUAUCAUGGGGGUAAACAAAAUCGUUCAUUAUACUGAGGACUUUGCUAUAUAGAGGUUUGUUAUAUCAAGGUUCUUUUACGUACAUUUUACUAUUACUGGAUAAAGAAAAUUGUUCAUUAUACUGAGGACUUUGCUAUCUAGCGGUUUGUUGUAUCAAGGUUCCACUGUAUAUGCCAUUGGAGUAUUUUGUUUUUCUUGAAAAUUUUUUAGGAGGCCAGUGCCUCCACUAUAAACAAGAAAUUUACCUUAACUUUUUACCAUUGAGUAAGCAUAGUCGUUUCCACUUAUACUGAGUCGUGAGGUAAGACAGGGAUAUGACGUCGCCAUAGGAGUGAGGUUGGCCUUACUUCCUUAAAUAUUUUUACAGGAUGCGUGCUGUUGAAGGCCACCCCUCCCUAGAAGGGAUAGAAUUUGGCACCUACAGGAGAGGUGUGAGGACACCUCUCAGGAUGGGUGCACUAAGUGGGAAUCAUUUUCAAGUUGUCAUCAGAAAUAUGGAAUGUAAAGCAAGGUGGGAAAGUUAAUAUUACUCUACAAUGUGAACUUAUGAAAGCAAUAUUUUACUAAUGCUUAUGUUCUACUUCCUUGAUUAUUUAUUUGUUUUAUUUGUUUAUUUUUAUGUUUAAACUUAACCCAUUCGCUCCUGGAGAUUUUGCCAAAAAAGGCGUUUUGAAGCUAGUCGAGUGGUUUUCUGGUCACUGUCGUGCUAUAAAGAGCUAAAACUUACCACAAACCGGUUUACAGGUCGUACACUUCGCGGCCUUCUGAUCCAGAUGCAAAAUAUCAGUUUGCGAAGUUCGGGCAUGCGCAGAAAGCAAAAUUUCGAGAUAGUUUUUGGGUUUAAAAGUGACACAGCAGUCUUGACUUUUACUUUUCGCUUUCUCUCCUCCCUUCUUUUUUCGCUUUUCUUGCCUCAUUUAGUGUCCUUGACUGAAUUGUGCUCAUUCUGGUAUGGUUUGAAAGAUCUCUUCACUCUGCACAAGUCAGCGAAGAAAGUUGUCCUUGACCGUUAAAACUGAUGACGUCACAAAGGGUAGAAAGGACCUGGAUCGGCACGGGCGGUUACGGGCGGUUCAGGGGCGAAUGGGUUAAUUAUGUAUUUUCAGUUUUGGGACUUUGAUCAUUCUUUGGAUUUUGUCUUACUUUAUUGGUUUCUUAAGUACCUUUUAGGAGCAAUAAAAAGAAUAUUAUUAUUUUUCUUUAUAUUAUUGCAGCCAUGAAGAUAACCUUGAAAAAUGCAAGAAAAACAUUGAGGUUUGUGACAGUAAAGAAGCAUUUUUUCAGUUUUAGGGCAGUUGGUGUUUUUUUUUUGUUUUUUUUUUUCAUUAUUUUUAUUUAUUUAUCUAUUUAUUUUUAUUUUUUCAGUCAGUGGGGUGUUAAUGAUUAUUUUCACUUUUUCUACUUCUAUCCUAAAAUAGUGUGUAUGUUGCAGGUAAAUUGUUUUUCAGGUUAAAUCAGAAUUUCCUUUGCCUCAAAUUAAUGAUUAUGGCUAGCAAAAUAAUGGAAAUUCUAAAUCAAACUAGGUUGAGUAAACGUGAACACGGAUUCUACCUACAUCAUGAACAUUACAGGUUUUCUUCUUAUUUUUUGCAGAAUGCAAUGUCUUCUUUGUCCCAUUUUGGAUUCUUAAACUAUUUUGGACCUCAAAGGUUUGGUUUGGAUGACAAAGAGGUGAAUGCUUGUGACAUUGGACUGGCCAUGCUUCAGGGAGAUAUGGUAGGCUGUUGUAUUGAAAAUAGACAGGUUCGUGCCCUGAGGGCUCAAGAAGCUUCCAGAAUCCUCCUUUCCCUUUUUGUACAAAUUAUGGCAAUUUUAAAGAGCUUUAGAUUUGACGACGAGAACGAGUACGUGUACGGGAUUUAACUUAAAGUUUUUGCGCGUGUUCUAAAAAAAAUCGUUUAUUUAUACUGAAGGAGGUUAAGCCCUCUCCCGAUAGCAAAUUGAUAACACUUCUUACAUUUGAUAACUUGCUCCCGCCACUAAGACAUUCUCGCUAAAACUCGUAGUAGAAUGACGAUUUCCCGCCAAAAUGACGCUGGUUCACGCGUGAGCAAUACUCAGUAUUGAGAAAAUCUCGUACUCGUAGUCGUCCUCGUCUCAGAAUCUAAAGCUUCUGUACAUGUCAAAUAUGUAUGACAAUGCUGUUGUGGAUAGUUAUAAGAUUAUUUAACAAGACCCCGUUUUUUAACCACCAAUAAAUGAGCUGGCAAUAUACCUACGUCACUACGGUGCACUCCUUUUUCAGGCAUUUUCAACCCCCCUUGCGAAAAGGCUAGUCUGGGUACACCCCUUAACGAAUCUAUUAAGGGCGGGGAGGGGGUGGGAAGCAUGGUGACGUCAUCCACGUAGGACAAGAACCGGAAGUAGAAAUAAGUACAUAUUUGUAAAAUAGCGAUAAUGUUCGGUUGGAUCGAAUCCACAAGUCAAAAAUACCACGUCAUUUUUCCGCAAUUUCACCUGAACCAAACCGUUCCCUACUUUUUGACCAAACUUUACGGAAUUUUUUGCAUGAUGUAAAGCAGCCAAUGGUAGCUUUUCCUCUCUUGAAAGCAACCUUAUAAUCUGGUGUGACAAUAAUGCCCAGUUAGGGGCAGUUUAUCCUUCUUUCUUUAUGGCACGCCUCUGUUAUGGGUGUCGUUGCCUUAUGUGCCAACCAAACCUAAUGAGUGAAUCAGAUAUUUUGUCAUCAUGCAGAUCAAGGCGGUCAAGUUGCUUUUGACUCCAUCGGAUCAUAGUCCGGACCAUCCUGUUAAUAUUGCUAAAAGGUACUUUGUAAUUCGGUCCUUUGUUGGGCUCUAAGUUUUUCAGUGUUUUCGGACAGAAUUUUUUUACGUGCGUGCGACAGAUUACCCUACCGUUUCUGUUAUUUUCGAAUGCGUUACUGGAAGCAGUAACUCUUUGAACCCUGUGUGCGAGGCAAUUAAAACUAACAGCUCUCCUUUGAACUGGCGAUGAAUAUUCAAGAAUAAAUCUGAAAAAAAAAAAUUGAUAUCACGGCGGGGUAUUCUGCAGUGUUGGUUAUCGGUUAGCUGCGUCGCAGACACUCUGGGUCGGUUAUUUAAACAAAUUUAAAUUUAGGUAGCCUGUGUACAGCCCCCAUCACUCUCCCAUCCCCUGAUUUUUCUUGAGGGAAGGGGCAGUCUGUACACAGGCUAAAUUUAGGCGGCGGUUUAGCAAAUCUUUGGACCUCCAGAUAUCUUCCUAAGUGGGUUAUUUUAAGAAUGAAAUAAGUGCUUUUCCAGUCUACUCCUGCUUUCCUGAAACUUUUCACGAUGAAUGGUGUUAAGAUAAAAGCGUUAGGCAAACUGAAAAUGGCCCAGAACGCGCUUUUGUAAAACACGGGCUGAACUGCGUUGAAACAACUGGCCCUUUUGAGUCUAAACUAUGCGUGGGCCGGCUGCAUCUCAGGCUAGUUGUUGUUCUCUUCUUUCAAUAUUCUUCUCCGUCUCUCAUUCUUCCUCUUUCUUCAUUUUCCUGCUCUCCAUAUUUGUUCAUUCAUUCGGUUUUGUUUUUCGUCGCAGAUAUUACUGUGAGACGGGUGACGUGCAAGGUACUCUGGGUAAAAUGCCUGGUUACAAAGUCCGCGAAACAUUAGUCCUCAAAGCUCUGCACAGACAUGGCACUGACAUGGUGUGUAUGGAAGAGGAAACACUACUUUGAGUCUUGUAACUCUGUAUUUCUCCCUAAUCAAAAUCAAAAAGGGUGCCUUUUUUUGUAAGAAAUGGUAUAUAAAAGGGUAAGGGAUUGGACCUCAGGGUGAAGCUGCUCCGUAUAAAACUUUGUUAAGUAGCCCCCCGGGCUUAGCCGCUGCCGUUAGGAAUUUCGUUCAAAGGUACUUACUUUUGUACCAUUAUACAUAGUUUCUUUCGCUUUAAAAAUCGAGGAACAUGACGAGGGAUCUUUUGUUCUUUCCACCAGGAUGGCUGUCGGAAGGCGUUGUUGAACAUUCCAUAUCCUAUGCGAUUAUUGUACGUUCAUAGCUAUUGCAGUCUCAUCUGGAAUUACAUGGCCUCCUACAGAAUACAACGGUAUGGACGGUCAGCGGUGGUCGAAGGAGAUUUAGUCGUAGAUAAGGCAGCAACUGCGCGUGGACUUGAUAGGCCAACCGCUGACGGCAGCCAUGAUUGUACUUUGGCAGUUGACAGUGGUGCUUUGACCCGGGAUCACGUGAAAUGUAUAGCGAAUCACGAACAAGAAGUAUAUCGCUUAAGAGACAUUGUUCUUCCUCUUCCAGGAUAUAGUGUUCAGUAUCCUGCAAAUGACGUGGGUGAAACGUAAGUUUUCUCGCCUGUCUUCCCGGCACCCUGGGAAUUCCAUGUGUUAUAUAUCCUAGUGUUCCCAGAGAAAGACGUAAAUAAUUUUCAAAGGAAUUUUUACUGAUUAAGACAUACGUUUCUUUCGUUCGCGCCCACACUUUAAAAAUACUUUAUUGUCAGAGCUGCAUUUUUUUUCAGCGCACUUUAUAUGUGUAAAUUAGGUUUGCGAGUUUAAAGUUUCAAUUUCGCGUAGCGUGUUGUAGUAUUACCACACCGGAAAAAUAAAGCAUUGCAAAAAUUUAAAGGAAAGAUGAGUUGUGGGGUUUGGUUGCUGGCAAUUGACUGGUUUUUGGACAUCGUUCAUGUUGAAUUUUUUAUUUAUUUAUUUAUCUAUUUUUUUUAAUUGUCUUAUUGUUUUUAUUGUUUUUAUUAUUAUCUUUUUUUUCACAUUUGUUUCCUUAAAAAAGCCCUUUGCCAUGCGUGUUUUAUUGAACUUUUAACCAUGAGGACAUUUGGUGAAAGCUACCAUAGAGACUAUUUGUUUCCUUAUUGAUUUUAGUUACAAGAAAAGGCUGGAAUCGGAUGAAUUAACCACAAAAAAUUUCAGGUUAGUUUCCUCGCCUAACUUAAACGCCAUAUUGAUUAUAUAACAAGCUGUAUAUAUAAAUAGGUGGAAUUUGGGUGAGUUGUAGUCCUAUUUUUUGGAUACAGGGGCUGACGGUUUGAAAACCUACCUGUUCGGAAGUGAGUGGUGUAUCAGCAACAACUUGAAUGAUUGUUUGAUUGAUCGAUUGAUU